UGCUGCAACACCUUGAAGCAGUCUACACUCCACUCUCCACACACACACAGAGAGAACACAAACUUUAACUGGAUCAUAUUUUAUUGAUAUUUUGUAGCAGUAUAUAUCAUCAGGUAUCAUGUCUAUCGUCGUGUAUUUCAGCAGCGUGAGCGGAUCCAGAGAGCUAAAGCAGCAGCAGAGCCAGAUCUUCUCCUUCCUGGACUCUAAGAAGAUUAAGUACCAGGCGGUGGACAUCACCCAGGGGUCAGAGAUCAAAGAGGAGAUGAGGAAGAAGACAGGAAACCCCACUUCUCUGCCCCCACAGGUCUUCAACAAGGACGUCUACUGCGGGGACUUCUCUGUGUUUUAUGAGGCGGUGGAGGCUGGAAAAGCAGAGGCCUUCUUUAAGCUGUAACAGAGGAAGAUCACCUGCCAGAAGACUCUCCCCUCCACUUCAGAAAGUAUUCACACCCCAUGACUUAUUCCCCAUUGUGCUACAGCCGGAAUUCAAAAUGGAUUGAAAAUGUUUGCAAAUUUAUUGAAAAUGAAAUACAGAAAUAUCUAAUUUACAUAAGUAUUCACACUCCUGAGUCAAUACAUGUUAGAAUCACCUUAGGCAGCUAUUACAGCUCUGUGUCUUCCUGGAUGUCUCUAAGAGCUUUGAGUCUUCCUGGAUGUCUCUAAGAGCUCUGUGUCUUCCUGGAUGUCUCUAAGAGCUCUGUGUCGUCCUGGAUGUCUCUAAGAGCUUUGAGUCUUCCUGGAUGUAUCUAAGAGCUUUGAGUCUUCCUGGAUGUAUCUAAGAGCUUUGAGUCUUCCUGGAUGUCUCUAAGAGCUUUGAGUCUUCUUGGAUGUCUCUAAGAGCUUUGAGUCUUACUGGAUGUCUCUAAGAGCUCUGUGUCGUCCUGGAUGUCUCUAAGAGCUCUGUGUCGUCCUGGAUGUCUCUAAGAGCUUUGAGUCUUCCUGGAUAUCUCUUAAGGAUUUGAGUCUUCCUGGAUGUCUCUAAGAGCUUUGAGUCUUCCUGGAUGUCUCUAAGAGCUUUGAGUCUUCCUGGAUAUCUCUUAAGAACUUUGCUCACCUGGAUUGUACAACAUCUGCACAUUAUUCUGUUUUAAAUUCGUCACGAUAGUCAGGUUUGCUAGACAGCCAUUUCCAAGUCUUGCCAUAGAUUUUUAAGCUAAUUUAAGUCAAAACCGUAACUCGGCCACUCAGGAAUAUUAACUGUAGUCUUGGUAAGCAACUCCAGUGUAGAUUUGGCCUUGUAUUUUAGGUUAUUGUCCUGCUGAAAAGGUGAAUUCAUCUCCCAAUGUCGGUUGGAAAGCAGACUGAACCAGGUUUUCCUCUUGGAUUUUGCCUGUGCUCAGCUCUAUUCUGUUUCUUUAAUCCUAAAAAUCUCACUAGUCCAUGCCAAUGACAAUCAUACCCAUAACAUGAUGCAGUCACCAUCAUGCUUUAAAUUAUGAAGAGUGGUACUCAGUUACAUGUUGUGUUGAAUUUGCCCCAAACAUAACACUUAUUUAGGCGUUGCUAUAACAACGGGGUUGAAUACUUAUUGACUCAAGACAUUUCAGCUUUUCAUUUUUAUUGAUUUGUAAACAUGUAAAAAAAAGAAGAAAAUAAUUCUACUUUAAAAAUGGGGCAUUGUGUGUAAGCCAGGGACACAACAUCUCACAAGUCAAGGGGUGUGAAUACUUUCUGAAUAUAUUACCAUUGUCUUGUUAAGCAAAAUAAAGGUAUUCUUCUUUUUCUUC